GAUUCCGUCGACGUGUAGCAAAAAUCUAGCUGCUCCAGCUGACUACGUGGAAGUCGAGACCUAUGGUCUGAAGGGGUUUACACGAACGUAGAUCGCUACUCAAAACAUUCCGCAUAAUGAUUAAGAAAUUUGACAAAAAGGAUGAGGAGUCAGGAAGUGGCUCCAAUCCAUUUCAGCACUUGGAGAAGAGUGCAGUGUUGCAGGAGGCUCGUAUUUUCAACGAGACUCCCAUCAACCCAAGGAGAUGCCUGCACAUUCUCACCAAAAUCAUCUACCUCCUCAACCAGGGGGAGCACUUUGGAACUACCGAGGCCACUGAGGCAUUCUUCGCCAUGACAAGGCUCUUCCAGUCCAACGAUCAAACACUGAGGAGGAUGUGCUACCUGACAAUCAAGGAGAUGGCCAACAUCUCUGAGGAUGUCAUCAUUGUCACCAGCAGUCUGACCAAGGACAUGACUGGGAAGGAGGAUGUGUACAGGGGGCCUGCCAUCAGGGCUCUCUGCAGGAUCACUGAUACCACCAUGCUGCAGGGCAUUGAGAGGUACAUGAAGCAGGCUAUUGUGGACAAGGUGUCCAGCGUCUCCAGCUCAGCACUGGUCUCCUCUCUGCACAUGGUGAAGCAGAGCUAUGACGUGGUGAAGCGCUGGGUCAACGAAGCUCAGGAAGCAGCCUCCAGCGACAACAUCAUGGUCCAGUACCACGCCCUAGGCCUCCUGUACCACCUGAGGAAGAAUGAUCGGCUGGCCGUCUCCAAGAUGCUGAACAAGUUCACCAAGUCGGGACUCAAGUCCCCCUUCGCCUACUGCAUGCUCAUCCGCAUUGCCAGCAAGCUCCUGGAGGAGAGUGAGGGAGGCCACGACAGUCCUCUGUUUGACUUCAUUGAGAGCUGCCUGAGGAACAAGCAUGAGAUGGUGGUGUAUGAGGCCGCCUCUGCCAUCGUGCACAUGCCAAACUGCACUGCCAGGGAGCUGGCACCCGCUGUGUCAGUGCUCCAGCUCUUCUGCAGUUCUCCCAAGGCUGCUCUGCGAUACGCGGCAGUCAGGACCCUCAACAAAGUGGCGAUGAAGCACCCGUCUGCGGUGACGGCGUGCAACCUUGACCUGGAGAACCUGAUCACAGACUCCAACCGCAGCAUCGCCACGCUGGCCAUCACCACGCUGCUCAAGACCGGCAGCGAGAGCAGCGUCGACCGCCUCAUGAAGCAAAUCUCAUCCUUCGUCUCCGAAAUCUCAGACGAGUUCAAGGUGGUGGUGGUCCAGGCCAUCAGUGCUCUGUGCCAGAAGUAUCCUCGCAAGCACAGCGUCAUGAUGAACUUCCUCUCCAACAUGCUGCGAGAUGAUGGUGGCUUUGAGUACAAGCGCGCCAUCGUGGACUGCAUCAUCAGCAUCAUCGAGGAGAACCCUGAGAGCAAGGAGACGGGGCUGGCGCACCUGUGCGAGUUCAUCGAGGACUGCGAGCAUACGGUGCUGGCCACCAAGAUCCUGCACCUGCUGGGCAAGGAGGGGCCCCGCACCCCCACACCCUCCAAGUACAUCCGCUUCAUCUUCAACCGCGUGGUGCUGGAGAGCGAAGCAGUACGCGCUGCUGCUGUAAGUGCCCUGGCCAAAUUCGGUGCCCAGAAUGACGACCUGUUGCCUAGCGUGCUGGUGCUCAUGCAGAGGUGCAUGAUGGACAGUGAUGACGAGGUGCGAGACCGUGCCACUUUCUACAUGAACGUGCUGCAGCAGAAACAGAAGGCCCUGAACGCCGCAUACAUCUUCAACGGGCUGUCUGUGUCCGUACCAGGCCUGGAGAAGUCUCUGCACCAGUACACACUAGACCCCACGGAGAAGCCAUUCGACAUGAAGACCGUCCCUCUCGCAACCCAGCCAAUCACAGAGCAGAAAACAGAAAUUGCACCGAUUGCUACAAGCAAGCUCCCAGAGAAGCUGGCUCCCUCAAGACAAGACAUCUACCAAGAGCAACUGUCGGCCAUCCCGGAGUUCCAGGGCCUGGGUCCGCUGUUCAAGUCGUCGGAGCCGGUGCAGCUGACGGAGGCGGAGACGGAGUACGUGGUGCGCUGCAUCAAGCACACCUUCGGCGGCCACAUGGUCUUCCAGUUCGACUGCACCAACACGCUCAACGACCAGCUGCUGCAGCGCGUGCUGGUGCAGAUGGAACCCUCGGAGGCCUACGAGGUGCUGCACUACAUCCCCGCCGCCAGCCUCCCCUACAGCCAGCCCGGCUCCUGCUACACGCUCGUACGCCUGCCCGAGGACGACCCCACCUCAGUUUCCUGCACAUACAGCUGUACGAUGAAGUACCUGGUGCGUGACUGUGACCCCAACACAGGAGAGCCAGAUGACGACGGUUACGACGACGAAUAUGUGUUGGAGGACCUGGAAGUCACAGUAGCGGACCACAUCCAGAAGGUCCUGAAGCCCAACUUUGGUGCCGCCUGGGAAGAGGUCGGCGAUGACUUUGAGAAAGAGGAGACCUUCGCGCUGGCCUCCGUACGAACAUUGGAAGAGGCUGUGAACAAUAUAAUUAGUUUCCUGGGCAUGCAGCCAUGCGAACGUUCCGACAAAGUCCCAGAGAACAAGAACUCCCACGUGCUGUUCCUCGCCGGUGUGUUCCGCGGGGGUCACGAUGUGCUUGUGCGCGCUCGCCUGGCGCUGGCGGAUGGCGUGACCAUGCAGGUGACCGUGAGGAGCGGAGACGAGAACGCUGUAGAUGUCAUCCUGGCCUCUGUCGGCUAGACAACCAGACCACGCAUCGCCACACUAGACCAGACGUCUGAACUAGCCAGAGGACUAACGCUUUUAUGUUUUCUUCCCCUAUCAAGAGAGGGAAAUCUUCAGUCUGUUAUUUUUCUAAGGACUCUCCAUCUACCAUCGUCACUACCCUCUCAGAUCCUUUUUUCCUCUCCCUUCUCUCUAUCCACGGCCCAUUAUUUCAGUGCUAUGUACCACAAAUGGAGAAGCAAUGAUGGAACAGAAAAGGAAAGAAACCAUCAAGUCAAUCUCAAACAGAAACACGCUUGUGUGUGGCCUACAGUCGUUUUCAAUGCCUCACAAAUGAUGUACAUGUUGCCUUUCUGUGGGCUCUGUCAUGUCGCCUGUGCUGUGUAUCCUGGAUUCCUAUUCGCUAUACAGAUUGUGGUCGUCAAUGUGGGCUCUAAAGCCGCUGCAUUUUCUUAUAUAUUAACACAAAUAAAUGAUGAAAAAGGAGUUAUAUAAAUCAAAUGGGUUUGGAUGUCUUCUUUUGACUCCUUCCAUAGACCAGCGGGUCUCUGGUUGUUCAUUAUUACAAGGCUCAACAUAUCUAAAGUUGUCCUUUUUAUAAACUGUACAUUUGAAUUUGCUGCUCAUAAAACCUGUAGUGUGAGAUGACCCAUGACAGAAGGAUGUUGGGAGUAAGCAGUUUGUAAAACACUUAGGGCUGCAACAAUUAGGCUACUAAUCGUCAACUAUAAAAUAUGUCUAC